GCGUAACCGCGGAGUGCACGGCCGGCGGAGGGAGCGAGGAAAGAGGAGGCUAUGAGGUGGAACCGAGCAGGGCUCAGUCCGACCUUGUCUGGCUCACAGUCACACACCCGGACGUGCGCACGCGGCUCCAAGUGUCGCGGCUUUUACUUUGAGCACCAUUCAUUUUCUCCGCUGUGGCUCACGUCUGGAUGAUGUGCAAACAGGACCGCACUUCUCUUCCGCAUAUUUCAUUUCUAUGCAAAAAGAAGGUCGCCCAUGUCGCUCCAAGGAUUCGGGAAAUGAGCUCCGCUGCUGCUGAGAGUCUGUUUUCUCUCUUUUAAAUCGCGUUGGGAGGUUUUUACGCCUGUUUGGACCAACGUUCGCCUGUGCGUAAGAGGCACAUCUCACUUUAUUACACCAUGACGCGUUUGAUUUAGGAUUUCAACUCUCUCCCUGGAAGUGCCAAAUUAACCCGCAAUGGCGAACGACUGCAAUCGCAAUAUUGUGGAAAAGUACAUUUGCCAUAAACUCUCCAAACGUGGCUUCGCGUGGGGUUUUCACGAGGACGCAGAGGAUGAAGGAGACGUGGCCAAUAACGGUUCGAUAGUUGCAUCUUCUCCGGUUCUGGUGAACCGUCGGUGCCGCGCAGAGCGGCUCUGUUCCGCUCCGUCCGACCCACACGCGGCCAUCCACAGAGUCCUGCGCGAGGCUGGAGAUGAACUUGAGCGGCUGUACCAGCCCGACUUCACCGAGAUGUCCAGACAGCUGUAUCUGACAUCCUCAACGGCGCAGAGGAGGUUCGCGGAGGUUAUAGACGAACUGUUCCGCGAUGGAGUGAACUGGGGCAGGAUUAUUGCGUUUUUCGAGUUUGGUGGAACCGUGUGCGUGGAGUGCGCGUCCAAAGAGGACAUGUCAUCCCAAGUGGACAACAUCGCAGAUUGGAUGACGGAGUAUUUGAAUGGAACUCUCAGCAGCUGGAUCCAAGACAACGGGGGAUGGGAAGCCUUUGUGGAGCUGUACGAUCGCCAGAGGGACUCGGUCUUCUCCUGCUCUUGGCCGUCCAUCAAAACCGUGUUCGGAUUAGCUGCUAUCGGAGCGGCGAGCCUGACCAUCGGCGCGUACUUGUCGCAGAAGUGAAGAACGCAUCCUUUUUCCCCGAUUGCUACGCCAUCAUCCUUCUACUACUACUACUGCAACUACUACUACUACUACUACUACUACAACGUUUCCUGGUGCCUCUUGUUUUAUCUUUUCAAACUUCUCCUGACCCUGCAAGACGACCUUCACCCUCUUCAAAGACUUCUCGUUCUUCUCCACGAAAACAAAUCAAAAACUGGGGCAGAGAGAAGAGCGGGGACGGACGCAGAACAGGACGGAUCACUGGCAUGCGUCUUUAUUUGUUUUAUUUUUCAUUUCCUGAUCUGUAUCUAGUCCCAGCAUGAGUUUUUUCGUGUCUUCGUUGCAUGUGCGGACAGGGCUCGCGAGAGGGGCAGUCGGUGAAAAGGAUGGCGAUGGCGAUGGCGGUGGCGGGGCAAAAGGAAACCCCGGUUGAGUCGGACCCCGUUUGAACUGCAGUGGUUCUUUAAAACGCUUCUUCCAUCCACGUGUGUGCGCAGAGUCCAUCCCAGUUUACAAAAUAAAGACAAAAUAAGCUCAAAUCAUCCUUUUUUUGGAAAACAGAUGAAACGUGGUGUGUUAAGAUGUAUGUUGACUAUUUAAGUUUUUAAAUAUUGCGCGUCAAAUGGUUCUCACGUGGUCUUAAUCGAUUAUUUUAUUGGGUCGUAGUGAAAUUUCAAUUAAAACCCAGGACGUAAAGAUUAAAACUGGGAAAAGGCGACUCAAAACUCAAGCAGAAGUCGGUCACUGAACUUUGUGAUUUAAGAAAAAAAAGAAGGAAAACAAGCUUGUUCUUUACCAUUUCAAGAAACUAAAGAUAUUUUUUGAAGUUUAAAGCCGUCGUUAGGUUAGAAAGAAAGUUACAGCUGACGAUAGGGCUGGGAAAUAUAUCGAAAAAGAUCGUGAUAUCGUGAAUCAGUCGACGAUAUGUUUAAGGUUUUUGAAUCGAGAGCACGUGGGUUGGAGUUCAGACUAUGGCGGAAAUAUAUAUUACCGUAUUUUCCGGAGUAUAAGUCACACUUUUUUUCAUAGUUUCGGGGUGCGACUUAUACUCAGAUGCGACUUAUAUGUGAAAUAUGUUGUUUUUCUUCGUUAUUAUGCAUUUUUUUGGCUGGUGCGACUUACACUCCAGUGCGACUUAUACUCAGAAAUGCAUUUUUUGUGUUAAAAUUGUAUUGUUUAUGUUCAUGAAGUCAAUACUAAGACCAAUUUUUAUUAUGUUUUUGAUAAGACUGAACUAAAUCGCAUCGAAAAUUAAAAUCAGUAUGGAGGAAAAAGCGUGAUUUAUUUUUUCCCUGCCGCAGUUGACCAUAAAUAAUAAUAAUAAACAACAAAAAAAACUUAAAAUAAACUGUUAGUUAGUGGUAUAGCGCAUUUCAUAUUUUUGUUUAAAAAAAAAGACUGAUUAUUAUUAUCAUUGUGGUGCAUUUCCUUGGUAUCAACUUAAAAAAUUUAAGUUUCGUGACAACACUAUUAUCUGCUUUCCAAAACUCUGGACUUUUGGGCGCAGCAUAAACCCCGAGGAGACGACGCAAACACCUUAAUGAAACGGUCUGGAGCAGGUGACUUAAGCGAACGGAUCUUUUUGCACACAGACUGGAAGAAGAAGAGACAAAAACACAACAUCCCGGAGGUGGAAGCCAGGGGAAAAAUGUCACACGCUGAUGAAUAUCCAGAGAGAACUGUUGAGCGCAGCACAAAACGGCGAACGGUCGAGGUGGAGAAAAAACAUUUAUCCCCAAAAAUAAAGGGAGCCAGGCCUUGCAAAUAUCAGCAUUCCUCAGGCGAAGUCAACACUCUCUUGCUAAAUUAUUCCCAAAUAAUCACCCAGCGCUACUACUCGCUGUCAAGUUCUUUUUUUUUUGGCUCGCUACCUCUGUUCCUCUCGCAGUUUUGGGGGCAGGUGUAGUCUGGACGCCGUUUUAGCUGCGAUGGCUCCACUCUGACAAAGACAGUCGUUGACAAGUGGAAGUCCGCCGAGGCUGCAGCACAGUUUGGGCUUUCGGAGCGGCCAUUUUGUCCCAUGUGCGAACCUGACACAUCCCCCUGUUCUGUUCGCGUCCUCGAUCCAUGUUUGUGUUGUGUUCAAAAUGGUUUCAGAAGAUUUUUAUGAUUUCUUUGCAUGAAUGAAAGGUCUUGAAAGAAUAUGCAUAAUCAUAUUUAUAACAGAUUAGGAUAGUCAUAGCAUUACAGAUCUAUUUAUUUAGAGGUACCACUUCACGUUUUAACUGUACCCCAUCUGUCCUACCGAAUCACACUGUAACUACAUUGUUUCUUCUGGCUGCUAUAACAAAAACAAAAAAAAGUUACAUUUCUGUGUCGUAUUCAUUUUUGGCUUUUUAUGGCUGCUCUACUGUUUUAACUCAACAGCUUCAAACUGCCACGAUUUUUACAGUAUAUAGUUCUAGAGAGCUGGAAACCAAAGUUAACUUGUAUUAACCUUUCUUCAAAAAAAAAAAAAUAUAUAGAAAAAGUAAAAGUUCCUUGAAGUUUUUUAAAUAUGAUGUUGUAUGAGGUUCUUGUGGACUGGCUGUGGCUUAUAUCCCCACUGUCGGAUUUGUAACGUGCUUUUCCAGGAUAUUUCCGCCUGCCUGGAGUCUGUUAUAUAUUAUCCAAAUAUAAAUCUACUUUUUUAUAUUUGGACAAUGGAAUAACGUUUAUUCUGAGCGGCUGUAAAGGGGGACUUGACGUGACGCCCAUUUUUUGACAUUAUCACUUUAAAUUACUUUCUAAAUAAUGAUUUCUUCCUCCAAAAUGCAACUUAACUGUGCACAAAUAUG